AUGUGCGGGCUGGAGAGCGAGUGCGUUGAAACCUGCCAUCUGCACCUCAUGCCUCGACAGCUAAUGCACCAUCUGGUACAGGUUGCCAACACGUCGACGAUUACAGUUCGGGUUCUUGCCCCUCGCCCUUGGUUUGUCUACAUACACACCCGACCCGGCAUCGUCCGACCCUCGUCCUACCCCGGUCUUCCACCGUCUCCGGUUUCUUCCUCCACCAUCUGA